AGUACAUUGAUUGAAUCGGGCUCGGAGAAAAAAGGAGGCGACGAAUUGGCAGUCUAGCUAGACACAAAGAAUAAACAAUAAGUACAAGCAGAAACGGAGACUACAGAAUUAUUAUUUUUCGUGUGAAUUUUUGUGUGAAAUAUUUUACAACAAUGUCUGAACGCCAGAACAAUUUCUUCAAGGCAAAAUUGGCUGACCAGGCCGAUCGACACACAGACAUGCCUGAGGCCAUGAAGAGCACCGUUUUGAUAGGCGAAGUGCUAACUGUGGAGGAGCGCAACAUGUUCUCGGCUGCAUACAAGAAUCAUAUUGGGAAGGUGCGUUCUUCGUGGCGCGUCCUUAAUUCGAUCGAAUGGAAGGAGACGGGCGUCGUUAGCGUGGAGCAUCUGGGGGUGAUCCCCCAACGGCGCGGACUUCAAGCAGGCGUCGAAGCAGUCGCUGUGCUCUUAAAAUGGAGCCGGGGAAUUGGCAAAGGAAUUAAUGUUAAUGUUUCAGCGAUUUUUGAACACUGUUGUGGUUUUUCUUCUUGUACGUAUGAUGCCGUGUUUUUGUUAUCCCUAGACUCACCAUCAACUGCAUUGGUAUCACCUUUUUAGUAUAAUUAAAUUUGAAAAAA